GAGGUCGUCGAAAAAUCGAUGCGAAUCGCCCACUCUCAAUAACGGGUUUAUUAUACCCGAAAUUUCUCUUCAAAUUUGUCUCGAACCUUCAUUAAGCAUCACCUUUUUUUCUUUUUUGAAAAGGAUCAGAUUAAUAUAUGGUGCUGAAAGAAGGGAGGAGAAGGUGCGUGAAGUUGGUCAGUUUAGUCAAUUAGUCGGCACGGCGCGGAACGGCGGAGAGAAAAUGGUGGGGGGAGUGGUCCGGCCAGUGGCGCGGCCGACAACGAGAUACGACAACUAUAUCGGGCUCCGUCGUGGCUUGAUCGGCCCACGAGGAAGACGAUCCCCGCGCAUCGACUCGCAAGGAAUUUUGUUAUCGAGCCACGAACCACGGUGCGAAGGGAGAGAGAAAGAUCCUAUAAUCCUCUGUUUUAAGGUAAUCGUCCAUCGAGCUAUUUUUUUUUUCUUCCUUUAUUUAAAUCACUAUAUAACUGUACGAGUUGAUAAAUCUAAAAAAAAAAAAAAAGAAAAGAAAAGAAACGACUUCAUCGCAAGAAAUUUGACGCAAGGUCAGGCCGGGAGGCGAAAUAGCGAAAGAAUGCAGGUUCAUAAUCGUAGAAUGGAAGUUGUUCGCGCGAUAAACGGGAAACAAUUUGGCUGCGAGACAAGAGGAACACCGGUGUUGCAUUACGUCUGGUACGAAAAGGAUGAACGCCAACCAGUGCCGACCCACUUGUUCCGAUAGGCCUUACAGCCAAUGCUCUAUUCAAUGCGCUGUUUCGAAAUAAUUUUUUAUAAAUAAAAGAACAUCCACCCCACUCGGAAGAAAAUAA